GGCGGGGCCGUGUGACGUCAGCGCAAGAUGGCGGCCUCAACGGCGCUGUUCUCGCGCCUGUGGAGCGGGCUCCGGUUCGGUGCGCGGGGGCUGUGUACGAGGCUGGCGACGCCGCCCCCCCGGGCCCCGGCCCAGGCGGUGGAGAUCGGGAGCCGCGGGAACGCCCAGGCUCAGGGGCCACAGCAGCAGCGAGGCUCAGAGGGUCCCAGCUACGCCAAGAAAGUCGCUCUCUGGCUCGCUGGGCUUCUCGGAGCCGGUGGAACUGUGAGCGUUGUCUAUAUUUUUGGAAACAACUCCGUGGAUGAAACUGGUGCCAAGAUUCCUGAUGAGUUCGACAAUGAUCCAGUCCUGGUACAGCAAUUGCGCCGGACAUACAAAUAUUUCAAAGAUUACAGACAGAUGAUCAUCGAGCCUACCAGCCCCUGCCUUCUCCCAGACCCUCUGCGAGAGCCAUACUACCAGCCACCCUACACACUGGUUUUGGAGCUCACUGGUGUCCUCUUGCACCCUGAGUGGUCGCUGGCCACGGGCUGGAGGUUUAAGAAGCGCCCAGGUAUCGAGACCUUAUUCCAGCAGCUCGCUCCUUUGUAUGAAAUCGUCAUCUUUACCUCGGAGACUGGCAUGACUGCGUUUCCACUCAUUGACAGUGUGGACCCCCAUGGCUUCAUCUCCUAUCGCCUUUUCCGGGAUGCCACACGGUACAUGGAUGGACACCAUGUCAAGGACAUCUCAUGUCUGAAUCGGGACCCAGCCCGUGUGGUCGUUGUGGACUGCAAGAAGGAAGCCUUCCGCCUACAACCCUUCAAUGGCGUCGCCCUGCGGCCCUGGGACGGCAACUCCGAUGACCGGGUCUUGUUGGACCUGUCUGCUUUCCUCAAGACCAUUGCACUGAACGGCGUGGAGGAUGUCCGGACGGUGCUGGAGCAUUAUGCACUGGAGGACGACCCGCUUGAGGCUUUCAAACAGCGGCAAAGCCGGUUAGAGCAGGAGGAGCAGCAGCGCCUGGCUGAGCUCUCCAAGUCCAACAAGCAGAACGUUUUCUUCAGCUCUCUCACCAGCCGCUUGUGGCCUCGCUCCAAACAGCCCUGAUCCCUGGGCCUCCUCAAACUCAGGGCCCCAGGCCCCAUUGCCCCCCAGAUCCAUGGCUUGGGCAGCCACAUGUCCAAUAAAGUCCGUCUAAGAUGCCAGAA